AUGGUUAGUAGGAAUUUCAUAUUUGAUGAACAAGCAAUUUGGAGCUGGGCUAAUGAUAAUGAAGUGAAAGCAGAAUCAAGUUCAAAUCCUGGAACUAAUGUCUUGUCAGAAAAUGAUUCAUAUUCCAAUGAUGAAGAAAUUACUCUUGCAACAACAAUAAGAUCUCUUGAAGAUAUUUAUAGUAGGUGUAAUAUGGCCUCUUUAGAGCCAACUUCAUUUGAUGAAGUUGUGUCCAAUGAAGAGUCGAACACAACAAUGAAGAAUGAGAUGGAAAUGAUUAAUAAGAACUCUACAUGGAGCCUAUUUGAAAAACUUGAAAAUCACAAGGUGAUUAGUGUCAAGUGGAUCUAUAGAACAAAAUUCAAUCCUGGCGGCAAUAUAAACAAGCUCAAAGCUAGAUUAGUUGUCAAAGGAUAUCUACAACAAUAUCACAUUGAUUUCACUAACACUUUUGCUCCAAUAACAAGGUAUGAUACUAUUAGAUUGCUUGUGACUCUAUCUGCUAAACUUGGCUAG